CGUUGCACGUAAGAGCGUUUCACUAAGAGUUACGACUUGCGAUUUACGACUAAACUUAAUCGUAACUCUACGAGUGGUCAGGGGCACUCGUUAAUUAACUUGCGAGCACGUAAAUAAACAAAAAUGGCGUCUUUUCUCCUGCUAGCAGACGAUGCGAAAGGAAAUUUUCGACGAGAGAGGGUUUUCCGGGAUCGGACAAACCCCCUCGAUUUUCUCAACGACCAGGAAGUGAUAGAAAGGUAUCGCUUACCUCGAGUUUUCAUAUAUAGACUUAUUGACAUGGUAGAAGCCGACGUGCAGAGAUCUACAGGGCGAAGCCAUGCCUUGUCAACAUCCACACAGGUACUUGUUACAAUAAGAUACUUAUCAAAGGCAGCAUUUUUCUCGGAAUGUGGAGAUCUUCAUGGGGUGUCUCGGUCUAGUGUGUCAAGAGCCAUUGACAGUGUAACCAGAAGUAUCUGUAAUCGGCUUAACAACAUCCACUUUCCAUCGGAGAAUGAAGCAUCACGAACAAAACACGAGUUCUAUCAGAUUGCUGGAUUCCCAAAUGUCCUUGGUGCCGUUGAUGGAACUUUAGUUCCAAUCACUGCACCCAAAGACAAUGAAUCAGUGUACGUUUGUCGGAAGGGCUAUCACGCUAUAAACGUACAAGUGGUUGCUGAUGCCUCCUUAAGGUUUACAAACAUAGUUUGCAAGUGGCCUGGGUCUACACACGAUGCGUUCAUCUUUUCUAACUCUGCCUUGAAGACCCACAUGGAAGCAAGGAAUGACGGCUGGCUUCUUGGGGACUCGGCAUAUGCUUUAAAGCGGUACAUGAUGACGGCCAAGUCCAACCCAAGCAAUGAAGCAGAGGAAAAUUACAAUUUAGCCCACAGCAAGACAAGGGUUGUAGUUGAAAGAGCACUCGGUGUAUGCAAAUCCCGAUUCAGGUGCAUACAUAAAUCUGGUGGGAUGCUUUUAUUCACUCCUGCAAAAAGUGUGCAGAUCAUCACAGCUGUGUUUAAGCUGCACAACAUGUGUAUGGACAUUAAGCUGCCCAUUGAUGGAGAGAUGUGCGAUAACGACCCAGACCAGGAAUUUUCUGGGCCACAAGGUGUUAUUGCAGAUGGUGCUGGACAAACAGUCAGACAGAGACUAAUACAGAGAUUUGCCAAUUGAAACUAUCAGUCUGUCAAACAAUUGAAAAAACUCCUGCUAGUGCAAUUUUGGCUUUUUGCAGACUCCCUAAGCAGUUAGUUUCAAGAUGGAAGAAAAUAUUCUUAAUGAAGCUUUAAACACCAAUGAUUUUUUUUAAUUCAGAAAAAUUACCAGUAUAUCAUAUAAAGAUGUACACAAGUUUAUUCAGUUAUAAUUUUUAACUUAAGGUACCUGCCAUAUUUCCUGAGGAAAAAUGUUCAAAGUCAAUCAUGAUUUAUCAGUGAACAGGAGUCAAUCUUUCUAGCUUAUAUAAUAUUGGUAAAAUACAGAACACAUGUAAAAUUAUGUAUUCGGUUACUUUAUCUUGGUCUGAUAUUAAGUUAUUUUAUUUUUCAUACAGGAGCAGGUCACUUUAACUGCAUAAAAGUCUAUUUUUGCAUUGUACAAUUAGAACUCUUUAGUGUACAGUGUUUUCAGCUUCCGUAAUAAGUGGAAUGAUUUCUUCUCCAAAAAGACAAUUGAAACUGCUUUAAAUUGUUACUAUUAUAAUCAUUUAAUAAUUCAUCUCACUAUAAAUGUAAAUACAUGUG